GCUUUGAACUUGAUAUUUUGUUUUGUUUUGUAAACGGUCAAACAUUUCGGGGUCAUUUCGCCUACACUAUUACAUCUCCAACUAUACGCCCAUUGACCAUACAAAAUCAUGCGAUGCCAAAUUAGUUGAGACGUUAAAAACAUUUAUUUAAUUAUAUAUUUCUUAAUUGAUGUGUUAAUUAAAUGCAGGAUGUGUUGCGAUGAAGGGGAGGAUUAGGUUUCAUAAAGAAACUGUGUUGAAGAAGAGUAUAGUAUAUUAGAUGAAACGUGGGAGAGAAAAGGAAAGAAAGAAAGAAAUAGUAAUAAUAGUUUGUUAAUUGGAUUUGGAAUUGGGGAGUUCAGCUGAGCUGAACUUGUUAUGCUGCUACCAUUCCUUUGCAUAAAAGAUAAAGAUGAAGAGGUCUCUCAGAAAGUUGGGAGUUCUGACGUUAGAGAAGCAUCACCACCACCGUGACCGCACUAACAUUCUUCCUUUGUCCCAGUUAGAGGACCUCGCUCAGGCUACCCAGGACAUGGAAGACAUGAGAGACUGCUACGAUAGCUUGCUUUCGGCUGCUGCCGCCGCCGCUAACAGUGCUUAUGAAUUCUCAGAGUCCUUGGGAGAAUUGGGCUCUUGCCUUCUUCAGAACACCGCCUUGCAUGACGAUGAAGAAAGCGGCAAAGUUCUCAUAAUGCUCGGUAAGAUGCAGUUUCAACUCCAGAAGCUCAUUGAUAAAUAUCGCUCUCAUAUUACCCAGACAAUUACCAUUCCCUCGGAUUCUCUUCUCAAUGAACUUCGAAUUGUUGAGGAGAUGAAGCGACAUUGUGACGAAAAAAGAGUUGCAUAUGAGUCCAUGUUAACAAGAUAUAGAGAAAGAGGUAGGUCUAGAAGCGGAAGAGCAGAGACUAUUUCCUUGCAGCAGUUACAAAUUGCUCGUGAUGAAUAUGAUGAGGAGGCCACCUUAUUUGUUUUCCGCUUGAAAUCUCUGAAGCAAGGUCAAUCGUGGAGCCUUCUAACACAGGCAGCACGCCACCAUGCAGCUCAGUUGUGUUUCUUCAAGAAAGCAGUUAAAUCUCUUGAGACAGCAGAGCCGCACGUAAAAUUAGUAACAGAACAGCAUCACAUUGAUUACCACUUCAUUGGUAUUGAAGGAGAGGAUGAGGAUGAGGAUGAGGAUGAGGAUGAGGACGAAGAUGAAGAUGGUGACAGCCAUGAUGAGAAUGAUGAUGGGGAGCUGAGUUUUGACUAUACACAAAAUGAACAUGAGCAAGAUGUUUCUACAUUAGACAACUCAAAGAAGGAAAACUUGGAUAGGCUUCGCAGGAAUUCAUUCUCCUUCAGGGUUAGGUCAGCGAGCCAAUCUGCCCCACUUUUUGCUGAUAAUAAAUGUGAUUCUAGAGAAAGGCUGAGACAGAUGCGGCCAACUUUAUCACGGAAGUUCAAUUCAUAUGUGCUGCCUACACCAGUUGAUGCAAAGAGUUCCAUACCUCCGAUGUCAAGUAAGCAAGUACCUUCCAAAAUAAAGGCAAAUUUAGAUGAGCCUAUGAAGAAUUUGUGGCAUUCAUCCCCAUUGGAACAAAAGAAAUACGGAAACAUUUUUGGAGAUGGGGCAUUUUCUGGUCCGAAUGUUAGGACUGCGCAGUCUGUAGUCAAGGAGAGUAAUAGCAGUACUGCGUACACAAGAUUGCCACCUCCUUUAAUUGAUGGUAAUUUAUCCUCAAAUCAUGAUUUUGUUACUGCUUACUCUAAAAAGAUUAAAAGACAAGCCUUUUCUGGUCCAUUGGUAAGUAAUGCUUGGCCAACCAAGCCUGUUUCUGUAGAGAGUGCCCAGUUGUUUUCCGGACCUCUUUUACGGACAUCAAUUCCUCAGCUUCCAUCGUCAUCAUCUCCAAAAGUAUCUCCUAGUGCUUCUCCCCCUCUUUCAUCUUCACCUAAAAUAAAUGAGCUUCAUGAACUUCCAAGGCCUCCAACCAUUUCCGCAUCCAAUUCUAAGCUUUUAGGUUUGGUGGGUCAUUCAGGUCCAUUGGUGUCCCGAGGUCACCAGCUUUCUGCUCGAAAUAAUUUGGUUACAUCAAAUGCAGCAUCUCCAUUGCCAAUGCCUCCUUCAGCAAUGGCUCGAAGUUUCUCCAUACCUUCUAGCAGUGCUAAAGUUGCAGCAUUAGAUGGGUCAAGACCUCCAGAAGACCCUAACAGAUCAUCAAUAUCCGAGUAUGUUGAUUCUCCUCGUCCGAUGUACAUUGCUUCAUCUACUAGUUAGCCAUCAUGAGACGGCUGUCAGACUGUUGCUCGGGUUGCCUUGUCUGGAGACUGGAGGGAUGUACAUGCUUAUAUUCAUAAUAUUCAAUGGCCCAGGUAUGGUACUUAAGCAGAUUAACUGUUUUUAAGAAGAUAUGCUCUAUUCAAUAUCGUAAGGGUCAAGUUUUGUUUCUCAGUUUGGUACAGUUGCAAAUCUGUAAAUAUUCCUUUAUAAUUCUUUUUCUGUCGUUAUUAUUGUUAAUUCACCCAGCAAUGGGGCCGAUAAUUCUAUUUUUUAUUUUUAGCGAAAUAAAUGACCAUGUAUUGAGCUGUCAAAUUUUUCAUUUAAGCAAACUAUUUAGCUCCUUAAUGCGAGAAAGUGACAUAAAUCAUUUUCCUAAAUCAUUCUAAA